AUGUAUUCUGCCUCGAAUUCUUUCCUUGGCGGCGCAAACAGCGCUCGCCAGCAGCAACAGGCAUCACCAUUCCAGCACCAGCACCAGCAACAGCAGCCAGCUGGAUUCCCUCAGCAUGGCCUAGCCCCCCAACCCACCGGUUUUCCUGGUGGUCAACAACUUCAACCUCAAUAUACCGGUUUUCCAGGCGCCGCUAAUCCUACAGCCUUUCAACAAUCGUACGGCCAACCGUCGCUCCAACCACCCCAGCAACAGCAAUUGCAGCCCCAAUUCACCGGAUUCCCAGGCGCUGCUCCUCAGAAUCAGUUUGCUCCGAGUCAACCACCGCAAGCUCCGCAGCAACAAAAUGCAGCUCCUCAGCAAUUUCCCAGUGCUUCUGCAGCUCCCCCCACGAUCGCCGUGCACAAGACAUCGGCGCAGAUGGCGCAGUCAUUCAUGCAGGAUAGUGCGUCGUCCCGACCAACUCCGCCGCCAAAAUCAGGGCCGAGAAUACCGAAUAUGAGGCUUUCGUUCAUCACUGCUGAGGAUCAAGCCAAGUUCGAACAGUUGUUCAAAGCCGCGGCUGGGGAUGAUGUGAUUCUAGACGGGGACAAAGCUAGAGAUAUCUUGUUGCGCUCACGGCUAUCUGGGCAGGAUCUAUCUAAGAUUUGGGUUCUGUCAGAUACGAACAAGACCGGCCAGCUUUUCUUCCCUGAGCUCGCUUUAGCUCUGUACCUCUGCAAUUUGAGGUUGACCGGCAAAGAGAUUCCCACAUCUCUUCCCGAGAAAAUCGCCAAUGAAGUUUCGUCAAUGGUCGACAUCAUUUCAUUCGGCGUUCCGGACACUCAGUCAAGCGCGCCACAAACUAACGCUCCCAAAUUCGACGCACCUCUUAUGCAGAAUUCUGCAGCGCCCCCAGCUCCAAAACAGCCCACGCCUCAACAGCCGUCGAAUACACAACUCUUGAAUCAGCUUACUGCUCAACCUACUGGAUUUUAUAACCAAGCGACUGGUUUCCAGCCGCAAGGUCUAGCACCACAGCCUACCGGAUUCCCGGGUCAGUCGCAACCGGUUCAACCCCAAGCUACAGGCUUUCUUAGCAACCCGCAAGCGACAGGAUACAAUGGCCCGCGUCCUCCCAUGCCACCUAUGCCUACCGGCUUUGCUUCCCAUUUGUCUCCUUCUCAAACUGGAAUGGCUCCGUUGGCUGCCCAACCGACCGGUGUACCUGGCCAGUGGGGAUUUGUUAACACGCCUGCAACUGGGUUACCGAAUAUUGACGCCCUAAAACAACAACUCAUGCCACAGCCUGGCCGCGAAGGUGGGUUCAGUAUGACUGGUCUGUCAGGCAAUGCAAACAUCCCGUGGGCUGUUACUAAGGAGGAGAAGAAAAUUUACGAUCAGUUGUUCCGCGCGUGGGAUGGUAUGAAUAAGGGAUUCAUUGGUGGAUCAACUGCAAUCGAGAUCAUGGGUCAGAGUGGACUUCCAAGUUCGGAUCUAGAGCGCAUUUGGACACUGGUCGACUCCAACGAUAAGGGAAAGAUCAACCAAGAUGAGUUUUGCGUCGCCAUGCAUCUAAUUUACAGGCGACUCAACGGCUAUCCUAUCCCUGCCCGCUUGCCACCCGAGCUGGUCCCACCAUCGACAAGGAACUUGAAUGACUCGAUUGGUACGGUCAAAUCUUUGCUUUCUCAGGAUGCGGAGGCCCGCAAGACCAGCGGCGCUUUCCUCCAGCCACAAAAGACAGGUGUCAGCUACUUGAAAGAUCACUCGUUCCGCGGCGGCGCAACUUCCCCCGGUGCAGCAGAGCGCCGUGAUGCCACUAGAUAUCAAAAUAGAGACGAAGUUGGCUAUCGAUCGAGCGCUCGUCGCCGAGUCGGCAAUGAUGGUAGAACACAUUCCCCAGCAGCUUCGUCUCAGGUCUCAGAAAGGUCAGAUGAGGAGUUGAGUGUUGAUCAGUUGAAGAAGAAGCUUCGCGAAACCAAGAUUAUGCUUGAUGCCGUCGAUUUCAGAGAUCAGAACCAGGCGGAAGAAGAUGAUGCCAUGGACCGCAGAGACAGACGUGAGGCAGAGUCUCUCAUGGAUCGCAUUCGUCGUGUCCAAGACGAUAUUGAUACUGAUCCAAAAUCUGCUUUCCGUCAGGUAGACUCUGGAGCAGAACGUCGUUCUCUACGCCGUCAGCUCCAGUCUUACCAAGAUAAGAUUCCUGAAGUUGCCUCUAACGUGCGCAAGGUUGAGAGAGCUAUUGCUGAAGCUAGACUUGAGCUUUUCCGCUUGCGAGAUGCUAAAGCUAACCCUAGCAGUGCAUUGAACAUCAUCGGCACCGGACCAGGAGGCGCUAUAACAGAAGCUGACAGGAUCAAAGCCCGUGCUAGGGCUCGAAUGCAGGCACGUGCCGCCGAGUUGGCUGGUCGCCCUGUUCCUACUUCGUCAGAUGACGAGGGCGCAGCCACUCGCCGACUUGAAGAAGAAAAUGUCAAGAUCAGAGCAGAGCGUGAGCGUAAUGAGGCCAUGACUAGGGACGUGGAGGAGAGUGUCAAAGAAUUCUCUCUCAGCCUUGAGGAUAGUCUCAAGGAGGGCAGUGAAAACUCUACUCGCGAGCAUGAGAGACGCCGAUGGGAAGAGGCUCUAGGAGUGGAAGAUACGAUUCGAGACUUUAUCUACGAUUUACAGCGUGGUAGCCGAACAGCUAAGGUCCGCAAGGAAGAUCAAGCCGCUCGUUCUGUGUCCAACGAGCCACCAUCGGCGACAAGAUCCGAGCUACCGUCACGACCCGCUGCGCUGAGCUCUACAGGAUCAUCCGCGUCUCUCGCGGGUCAAACGCACGAGGAACGUGUAGCUUCUGCCAGGGAGCGUGCACAAAGACGCAUUGCUGAGCGCAUGGCUGCAGCUGGUCUCAAACCUAGCACCGACUCUGGCGAUACUCUACUUCAGCGCCAAGAGCGGGAGAGGAAGGAACGUGAAGAGAGAUUGAAGAAGGCAGAGGAAGAAGAUGCCAAGCGGGAGCAAGAAAGACAGCGCCGUCUCGCCGAUGAACGUACGCCUGCACCCGCUGCUGCUAAAGCCGCUGGCAAGAAACCCCCUCCAGCGCCUCCCUCGCGCAAGGGCCGACCAGACAGUCAAGCUGAGUCAAGGGCUGCCGAAGAAGAGACUACAAUCAAGGAGCAAGCGAUACGGGAGGAGCAAGAGGUACAGGAAGCCGAGAUAAAACGACUUGAGGAGGAGGCUCAUCGACAAGAAGAUGAGUUACAGAAGGAACGUGAAGCUCAUGAAGCACGCCUUCGCGGCCUUGAAGAGCAGGUCCGUGCAGGUAAAAUCAAGAAGCAGGAAGAGAAGAAACGCAAGCAGGCCGCAGAGCGAGAGGCAAAGGAGAAAGAAGCCAGACUUGCCGCCCAGAGAGCAGAGCUGGAGGCUGCAAAGGAGCGUGAGCGUCAACUACAACGUGAACUCGAGAAUCUGGAUGAGAGCUCUUCCGACGAGGAGGGUCCCGUGGAUAUCGCAAGUUCUCGAGACAACACUCCCGCAGCUCCCUUAUACUCCCCGCCACCAGUAUCUGUGACUCCAGCCAAACCAGCUGAUGCCCGGCCCGCACCGCCAGUCAACGGAUCACCAUCCAGCAGCCGUAGUGUCGGUGCAGCCGAGUCAAAGAACCCCUUCUUCCGACAACUGAGUCAACCCUCCGAGGCUCAAGCAGCUGCAGCCAUUUCACCUCCUUCGGUAGAACCAGCUGCAGUUACUCCUUCAGAAGGGCAAUCUACGAAUCCAUUUUUCAGGCUUCAGCAGCAACAGGAGGCCAGCGCAAAGGUUGCAUCAGGCCCAGCAGCCAUCCCUGGUCCUCUUGAACGAAAGCCUCGCGCACGUCCCGAACAGGACGAUGACUGGUCUGCCGCUGGAUCUGACAAUGAGUCAUCCGAUGACGAGGAUGACGAUCGUGUAGGAGGUGGAAGCGCCAAACAACUUGCAAGUAUCCUCUUCGGCACUAUGGCGCCCCCUAGACCUUUGAGCGCAAUGGACGAGUCGAAAUCCGCAACUCCUGUACAAGAAAGCAGCCCCACUGCGCUGCCGCCUCCUCCUCCUCCACCUCCGGCUGAAGAGGCUCCAAUCUCACCCGAGAGCGAGACGCCUGUGACAGUAGCAGCACCCGCUGCUCCUCCACCACCUCCACCACCACCUCCCCCAGGUGCUGCUGCUCCUCCUCCUCCGCCACCACCACCUCCUCCCACUGGUGGACCUCCUCCAGCCUUGGGUGGUGGUGGCACCGACCGUGGUGCAUUGUUCGCAUCCAUCCGAGCUGGAACGGGAUUGAAGAAGGUUGAGACCAAAGACCGAAGCACAAGCUCGGUUGCGGGUCGUGUACUCUGA